AUGAUUGUGUCUAAACGGUUCAUCUUUGGCUUGAUAAACCUUCAUCUGAUGAUGGGUUGCACUGGUGGUAACGAGAUGUGUAAGGCCUCCUUUCGUGGUACUUGGGCUUGUCAACCUUCUUGGAGCCAGUGGGGUGGCAAAUGCUACAAAGCCAUCACUGCGCAUCUCCCAUGGGCUGAGGCAAAAGAGGAGUGCGUAAAGAUGGGAAGUAUCAUGGUUGUUCCUCAGUCUCAGGAGGAAACUGAUUUCCUCGUCGGAUUACUGCCAACUCGGUUUUGGAUCAAUUGCAAUGAUCUCGGGCAAGAAGGUACUUGGAGGUGUGAGGAUGGCAUUGAUGAGGUGGAGUUCAGGAAUUGGGAGAGUCAACAACCUGAUAACUGGGCCGGUAUUGAGCACUGCGCUGAGGUACGCCACGCCUACAUUGGAAAUGGAAUGACAUGCCGUGUGAUUACCAACGCCCUACCAUAUGCAAAACUCCAAUCGCCCUGCACAACUGCAUGCGCUUCAUGA